AUGGUCAGCGGCUAUGUCUGGUACGGGUAUAACGAAAGCUGCCAGACCGACACCAGCAGCGGCCGGUACUGCAACGACAUCAUCGACGAGUUCGCCGAGACAGAGACUCUCGACGAGAUGCCCGACGCCGAGCUCUGUUCCGACUGCUUCACCGCCCGCGUCCGCAUGAUGCAGCAGAGCACCUACUCGUUCUUCAACACAGUUCCCUGGUACCAGACGGCGCUUGAGGCGAUCCAGACGCGAUGCUCGGUGCAAGGGUCGACCGACGUGCCGCCGCCCCUGAUUGUGGUGCCCACGCCCGACCCGUUUUGCGUCUCGGACAAGUACUACACCACCCAGGCCGGAGACACUUGCAACUACAUAGCCCUGGCUAACGACGUCUCGUCGGCCAAUGUCCUCUACGCUGCUACAGCCGCCGGUGCCACCCGCGGCUGCAGCGACCUCCCCACCGACCUGAGCAUCUGCUUGCCUCUUACCUGCGAGACCUAUCUUCUCAAGUCCACAGAUGACUGCUUCUCUGCCUCUGCCACCGCGGGUAUUGAGGACAUCACCUUGUACAACUCGUGGAUCGACGAUGGCUGCGAUAACCUACACGAGGCCAACGCCACGCUGGGCUCCGUCGUCUGCGCGUCUCCUCUAGGCGGAACCUACGUUCCCGGCACGGCGACCAACACCUCUGGCAUUCCCGGCGGUGGCGCGGCCAACUACAGCUCCAUCGCCGUGAAUCCUUCCGGCGGCGCCACCGUUGCGCCCAAGACGACCACGGAGUGCGGCGUCUGGUACGUCGCCCAGCCAGAUGACACGUGCGCCUUUAUCACUAUGACCUUUUCCAUCGGCCUUUCGCUGUUCGCCAAGAUGAACCCCUCCGUCGACGCCAAAACUUCGGGCAGAUGUUCUGCUUCCAUCGUGCCCGGUUACGCUUACUGCAUGUCUCCCGUCUUCAAUCCCGACGCAGGCUCCAGCAACGCCAGCUACACCACCAACUCCCACGGGUGCUGGUCCAACCUCGACAACUCAUCACAAGUCCUGCUAGGUCCGCUAUGGACUGACGAGGGGUUGAUGACUCUCGACGCCUGUGCCAAGACGUGCUUCAAAGACAGGUACUCCCUCGCUGGUCUCAAGGGCGCCGACACGUGCCUGUGUGGCGAUCAAGUGUCUAUCAACUCAGUACAACUCUCCGAAUCAGAAUGCGCUGCUUCUCAAAGCCAGGAUAUUUCCCUGUACACUCUCUCGGACGACACCAAGCUCACCUUCCAGUUCGUCGACAUGGGCUGCUUCGCCAAAACGGCUCUCAUCGCUGGCUCCAGGCCCAGCGCGGCGUGGGCCACCAACAACACCGUCAGCAACUGCGCGUCGUUCUGUCUGCCGGUGUAUCCCUACUUUGGCGUAACUAACGGCGACACCUGUCGCUGCGGGACGGGUGUCGAUGCGGCGGCAACAGCCCUGGAUACCGACACAAACUGCAACGUGGGCGACUCCGUUGCCGAGGCCGGAGGUAUCGCCGUCUUUGGCUUCCUUGAUUGGUUCUGA